GAGAUAGAAAUGAGAGAGAGUGAUAGGGGAGCAGUGGAGCAAAUCAAAGUAAAAUUAAGUGCAUUUACAUAUUUAGAUGCCUCUAGUCAGCCUGUCUAAUUAUUUCAUCUCCAUUUUUCAUUUGCACUCUGUUCAAUCCAAAAGCAGCAGGCCGUAAGGAAAGUUUCUCUCUCUCUCCCUCCUCACCAUUACUUUACCACAUUCACACUUGUCCCCCUCUCACACUCUCUGACUCCCCUCUCCUGGCAGCAGCCUUUCGUUAUUCGGGUCAUUACCAUACGCUUUUUGUCCGUUCGCACUUGUUCUCUCUGUCUCCCUCACGCCCCCUGUUCCUGCUGUCUCUCAUCAUGUUUUAUGCAUACGAGGAUACUGCCCCACAUGUGUCCAGAAGAGUGUGUGUGUGUGUGUGUGUGUGUGUGUGUGUGUGUGUGUGUGUGUGUGUGUGCGCGCGCGCGCGCGCAAAGGUUCGCUGCUAAUGCCCUUACUACCACCAUGUUUUAUGCAAUGUGUUGACCUGGCGAAGAUAACUGUCUAUGUCAGUGUCCGAUAGGUGUGUGUGUGUGUGUGUGUGUGUGCGUGCAAAGGUUCGCUGCUAAUGCCCUUUCUACCACCAUGUUUUAUGCAAUGUGUUGACCUGGCGAAGAUAACUGUGUAUGUCAGUGUCCGAUAGGUGUGUGUGUGUGUGUGUGUGUGCGCAACGACCCGUUAUUAAAUCUUUCAAAUUAGCAUGAACCAUGUCAGGAGAAGCCAAGCCACGUUAACCUUCUAUCACUGAUUUUCCCCAUUUUUUUUAUGCCUUUCUUCACACUCCAUAAAUCAGUCUUUCUCCUCGCGCUCACAAUCUUUCCCUCUCUCCUCUCCUCACCUCUCUCUCUCUCUCCUUCUCCCUCUCUACCUCACCACUGCUCACCACUUUGUUUUGCAUCUCCUUUCUCUCCACUUUACUUCCCUUUGCUCCUAUAAAUGUCCCGCUCCUUCUACACCCACACUCAUCGGCACAAUCUAUUAGUGUGCAUAUGUGUGAAAGCGCAUCCUUGCUUUGAGGCCUGUACGUGUGUUUCUGUUUAUGUGAGCCUCUUUGCUCGCGUAAGUAAGUGUGUUUAGGCCAAAUUGUGUGUGGCAGCCAAUGUGUGUGUAUUUUCCUGCAAAUGUUUUCGUCCGUGCAUGUGCACAGAAGUGCAUGCGAGUGUGUUUGCUGGCAUAAAAGGUUGUUAUGUGCUUUAGGUGUUAAUUGGCUGAGGAGCUUCGUUAAUAUUCUCCUUGCGAGCCUGCUCGUCAGGAACAGAGCCGGCAAACUGAUGAGUGUGUGAUUUUCCUCCACACACAGAGAGAGAGAGAGAGAGAGAGAGAGAGACAGAGUAACAAGAGUAACUUCAGUGCAAAGACCCUCUGUAAGGUCAGAGUGAGAGAAGAGUAGAGCAAGAAAAGGAUCGGAAAAAAAGCAACAGAGGCAGAGAGAGGGCAAAUAGGGAGAGGGACAGACAAGCAGGGAGGGGUCGGAAAAACAACAGACAGAGUGAGAAAGAAAGAGAUGGAGGGAAGGAAGGAGGGAGGGGAAAGAGAGAUGUGAUAAAAACCCAUAAAGGACUCCAUUGAGGCAUUGGGUGAAAGGAAAGAUUAUAUCAUGCGGGGGAGAAAUUAUCCCUUUGUUAGGCAUUUGUGAAUUGGCGGAAUGGGGGCAAGGCGGAUGGCGGCGUAACUCCCGGCGAGGUGGCACAUAGCCACUCGAUUCCAGUCACCCCCACUGCACCCCUGGCAGCACGCGGCUAACCUGGUCCACGACCCGCUUCCAGCUGCACGGGAAUACACCAACCAUCUUCCUGCAGAGCGCGCAAAAAUGAAACAUCAGAAGCUGCGGCCUUGACGGCUUGAUAUGCACAUCAGUAACACAUCACACGCAUAUACCUGGAAAGUAAAGAGCAACAGUAGAGAACUGGUGCGUGCAUAUAUAGCCACAGUGGCGACCUAUCUGUCACACCUAUCUGUCACACACACACACACACAUCAAGGAGCUUUCCACACAGGUAACACGGUAAUGUUUAGCAGCACAUGCACAGGGAACACAAAGAGGAGAGACUGACACAUGCACUGCAGCAGAGAAAACAGUGAGCGCAGAGUCACGGCCUGUCACUGGGAGGUAUGAUGCCACACGGAUAAUGAGUGUUAGUCCCAGCGGGUAGCUGUGUAGCAUGUGGCUCACAGCGCACACGGAAACACUCGUUAGGAAGCUCCAACAGUACGUUCUCGACUUGGCAGGUAACACUGUUUGCAUUUAUCUUACUGAACAAGGGAUGACGGAGCUUAGCGCUCUGUUGAAUCCCAAUCGGUGGGGGCCUUGCAUGGUUCUGCAUAAUAUAAUAUGCCUCUAAUGCCUUCUCAUACUUAAACUGCGUGCCUUUCUAUGAAUGCAUGUAUGGGUACGGCAAGGGCCAAGCACACAUUUAAGUGUCACAUCUGCAUUAGAAAAGCUUCCAGCCUUGUUGGUCUAUAUACUCUAACACCUUGUAUGCUGGAGUUCUCUUUAUCAGAGCAAAUGACAAAACCUGCUGCUACCUUGAAUCCUGCUGUAUCUGUCCGCCAGUGUUACACAUAACCUUUUUUACUUAUGUUUCUUUUGCAACUUUUCAAACUAACUAAAGGUACUAUUCGGAAAAAAAUAUCCCCCGAACGGCAGCUUUGACUCAGUAUAAUUCCCUGUGUGUCCCAGAGACUACUCAGUCAUUCACACUGCAACCGCGUCUCCUACAAAAUACAUAUCCUAAUUUGCUUUGCCAAUUAUUUUUUGUUGGAAAAGUAAUUGCUGCUGGGUUUACGCUUAGUGGCAAGUUUUUUGUUUUUUUCCAGUCCAGGAAGUUUUGAUUUAGUCUUACUUAUCACAGAAGUCGGGGAGGAGGUUAUAAUAGGUAGAUUGUUAUACAAAGCACAGGACUUUUACUUUUUUGUGUUCCGAAAAGGUUUGAUUUGGUUUUGUGUUACAAGAAUAUAAAUAUGAUCAUAUUCUUGUUCUUAUUUGGGCCCAGUUGGUUAAUUUCUAGACAUUUCUUUGUGUGAGCAAUUUGCAGGUGUGUGGUUUUUUGUGUUUUUUUGACCUGAGAGUCUUUAAGCUUUUGUCCGUACUGGCAUUUCAUUUUUUGUGGAGACAAAUUGGCUCGCAUUCACGUAUGACCCAAAGACUGAAACAUUUGUUGUAGCUCUCCCGAUGAAAGCAAAUGACAAAGGUUCUGAGUCCUUUGUUUGUUCUAUAACAGCUCUUUCUGAUUAAGUGAAUUCAACACAGUGAAUUAAACGAGGAGCAUUCCAAUAUUCUUUUCUAUGUAGUGAGCUUUAACCGGCUUGUUCAUCUACACUAGUUCCCGGCAAUCUAUAGCAUUCUCCAUCUUCAGUUCUUGCAGUCUGUCACUUGAGUGUUUUGUUCUAAAUUUGCAUGCUCAGUUCUUUGCCAUGUUUGGAAAGAAUGAUCCAAAAUUGUCCCCUUUGAUGCACGGUUGAUGCAAGGCAAAUGCACAUUGGGAUGAGACUAAUUAUAGGAUAUCUGCAAUGGCCACCACGGCGUCAUUAAUGCCUCUCCUUCCAUCCUGUAAAACCAGGGAAAAGACAUUGCCAAGUCUUUUGUCUGCCAGAGAGUGAGUUUAAUCUCCUAGGUUACUGUAGAGAAAGGUGAGGCAAAGUAUGAGUGUAUGAAAAAAACACCCUGCCUGCUCAUGUAUUCAACAUGUAAUUUCAGACAGCCAGUGACUCAAAUACUAAUAUCUGUUUUGUAUUCUUGUUAGCCUGUCAUGAUGUCAGCCAUAUUGACUUGUAUCUAUUUGCCAGGCUCUGCUGUCAACAGACUGUGAGAAAUAGAGAAAAUCAAAACUUUGUAAUCCUAAAUUGUGUGAAGAAAGACGGGCAGUGUUACUUGAAAUGUACCCAAAUGAUUGGGCCGUAUUGAUCUUUGUGCCCGGGAGCGUGAGGUGAGCAGGAAGUAGCCUGAGCUCUGCCUCCAGAAAAUGCAGUCACUGAUAGUGUCCAUAGAUCGGGGAACUGUGACUUUUCUAAUUAGAGAGUUCAGAGUAAACCCAGUUGGAUUAGCAAGUGCAUGUCUCCAGGCUAGCUAUCAACAAGUCAGACAAACAAGAAACCAGAAAGAUGGGAGGAGAAGCCCAGCAGAGGGCCAGGAGGGGCAGAGCAUUAUGGGAAUUUACUCAGACCUGGGUCAAAAUAGCAGUUUUUAUAAGAACAAAUGCUUACAAUGGGGUAUUUAUGAUGUUCUUCUUGUAAAUGUUAAAGAUAGAAUCAAGCCCAUUUGCAGUAUCUAUAACCUAGUUGUAUAGUGUUGUGCAUUUUGUUUACACUGGAGAGAAUCCCAGAAGAGAUUACUCAAUCAGGACAGUUUAGAUACUUUCUUGUGAGUGAUUAAACUUUCUGGUAGUCUGGGACUUUGUGGCAGCUCCAUAAAACAAACUUUAUAUUAAAAAAAGAAAACUUCCAUUGGAAUUGCACUCAGAAUAUCCACAAUCUAUAUUCAUGAUAUAUGAGAUCACAUUCCUACGUUAAUGUAACCACACUAAUACUUGGAUGCUGACUUGGAUCCACCCUUGGGGAGAUGUUCAUUUGAUUUAUCCUUACCUUUCAGUAACACAUGCCCUCCUUCACACUUUGCCAGCUAAUAAACCCUCAAGAUUCACGCCUACACGGACACAUAUAUACAUGCAACCUCCUCAGCAUGCUCACACACGCUCACGUACACUCCCAACCCACUCACACGCACAACCCCAAGGGAGACAUAAGAAAUAAAUUCGACACUUCCGCUAACCCAAGAAGCGCCUUAAGGACAAAGAGAAAUUUAAUCUUGGAUAAGCCUCCCGAUAGAAUCUCUACAUUACCCCUCUGCUGCUGGUUCACAGCUAUCCCAUCAACCCUUACCUCCCACACCUUGGCCCGAUUCCCUCGCAUCUCUCCUCCUACUACACUCCUUGUUUCUCCUCUCCUCCCUUGUGUCUCUCGGACUGUCUCAACUCUUCUUUUCACUUUUCCUUUUCUCUCCUUUGUCGUCAGUUGCACUCUUUUCUUCACCUCACUACUACUCUGUUAGUCCCUUCAUCUCUUUUGAAUCUCCCUCGUCUCCCACCGCGUGCCGUUCUCCAACAACAGCCCCCAUCUCCCCAUCUAUUCCCAGUUGCGGUACAUACUGUAUAUAUCUGUAUUUCUGUUCCUCUCCCAUGUCGGAGCGCUUUAAUACCAUUGGUAUUAAAUGCUGGCACGACCUCCUUGGCAUACUUAAGCAGGCAGGGAUCCUUGUAAGGCUGUUUGAGUGCUUAAUAUUUUCAGCACGCCACUGACUUAAGCCCCUUAAGUGCUUUGGCAACACUUAUUCCACGGUGGCAUCAAUGAAGCCCAUUAAAAAUUUGAUUUGGAUGAGAGAGGGAGAGAGAGAGAGAGACAGAGAGAAGAAGGAAGGGGGAUAGGGGACACAAUUUGCCAUUACCUCCCUUCCUUCCACACACACUGUGACAAAAACAAAUAUACCCAUCAGGGGGUUACCCACACAGGGACUUUGUCACACAAAUACACACACACACACUUGCCAGUAGUGCAAUGUUUGUGAUGUGUUCCUCUUUUUGUCUGUAAUUAUGUCCUUUGUUGCUUUGUAAAGCACUUUGGGAUGACCCUAUUUUGUUAAAAGCACUUGAUAAAUAAAUUUGACUUUAUUUGACUUGAUAAUAGGGAACAGCAUGUUUCAAAUUGAAUGCAUGAAGAUGUUUGUAAAUACAGCGUGUGGCAGAUUAUAGCUGGUAGUUUAUGAUCAGUUGAUAAAGAACAAUUAGAGGAGCUAUUCUAAUAGCAAGAGUGUGUUGCCUUUCACAUUUUACAAGACAAUGAAAGUCAAAGACACAGAGUCUACUGUAGUUAGCUUCCAUCAUUGGCUUUGUAUUGCCAGUUUUAUUGCCAACAGCAGUAAUGUUAGUACAUGUGGUAAUGAGCACGAACAAACGAAUUGCAUUAUGCACGAUUUGUCGAUGCAAAAUAUACUGACAAGUUGGACAAGCUGUUAGCAAUGACUUCUGUUUCAUCAGGGUAAAAAUAUGACGCUGAUACCUUUUUAUUGAGCCAGGUUCACAUCAACAUAAAUCAUAACACAGGCAUAGUCCCGUACGUUUCUGCUAUAUCCACAUUCACUUUGAAUUACAAAUGCCACGCAUAAACAUGUACACAGUUCUUGUCAGCAGACAGCCGUGUACAUCCCUGCAGCCAUAAAAACGGCAAUUUAACAUAAAGAGGCUCUAUGAUGCCUCUCUGUGUGCCUGCAAGGAUAAAUUAACGGGUAGUAGAUAGUGUUUGGGCCAAACAGGCAGCCAAAUGUACACUCUGCUUCAGUCAACACUGGACAGACGAGCACAUUCAGACACACACAUCGCCACUGUUUGUUGACCUGAAAGAGAACCAUUGUCACUGCUUCCAUCCACACACACACUCAUCUCUAACCUUCACAAAAUAGUAUGCAAAAUAUGCAGACACUGAUCCCACACUGACACACACACAUUCUAAGCAAGGGGAGGGUGGCCAGGGUUAUAUAAACAAGUGGAACACGGAAAACAGAUCCACGGGCAGAUGGAUGUGAUCAACAACUACACCACAUUGGGAUUAUAGCAAUUUUCAUAGAUCAACAGGAAAGAAGUGAAGCGAAAGGAGGACAAACUUGAAGGAACUAACAGCAGAUUGACUGGGUGACUAAAGGAGGAGCGAGAGAAAGAGGGCAGAAUGGAUCAACGAAACACAAUUUGAGGAGAUCAAUUUCAACAAGUGAAUAGAGUAUAUAUUGUUUUGCAGUCCGUCUGCUGUCAGGCGCCACACCUGCUAGACCUGAGUUGCUGGUGCACACCAACACAGAGUAAUUUUGUCAGCGUCAGCCAGUUGACCGGUGAAGUCGGCGCCGUAGGGAACAUUGGCAAUGAUCCGCUUUCGGCUUUGCCAGAAGUGUCGGGGCCAUCGCCAUUAGAGCUCAUUGUGUUUGCAGUGGCACAGAGAGUGAGAGAGAGAGAGAGCGGGCAGUGUGUAGUAAUCUUAGGAUGACACUCACACUUUAUUCCAUCAGAUAGGGCUCGGGGAGGUGUGUGGUGCAGCUCAUCACGUUUGUCUUUGCACUACAGACACACAAAUACACACAUUAAACACAUAUAGCUGCACAUACAGACACACGAGAGCAACAGUCUCCCGGAGACCAACGAUGCAUUAGAUCCUGACAAUCAGCGGAACUCUGUACGGAUCUUAAACAGGGCAGGCUUUCAGAUCAGUGUGUACGAGUGAGCGUUUAUCUGGAGUGCACCCGGUGGAGUAUGUUAGAAAGGAAGAGUAAGGCAGGUCGAUGCUGCACGAUUACACUGUCUGAUAGCAUAUGAUUAGUCUGAGGGUCUAAAAUGACCAUGUAAAAUUCACUGUCCAUUUACGCCGCAGUGUAUACAUGAUAGCAUAUCGAAAGAGUUCCGGCAUUCAUGCGAGUAAUAGUAGAUACCUUGUGUGAGCAAUGUGCAAGUCUCUGGGGUGAAAAAGCAGACUAAAAAGUGUAAUAUCUGAAACUAACGCGUCUGACUGCAGUUUGCUCAACCUCUAGCAGGUUGGUUAUUCUACACAGGGCAAGCACUUCUACUUUACAGUAUAGAGCGGCACUCAAGCUCAAUGGCUUUUAUUUAACCUUUGCUAUCUCCAGAUGACUUGUAGUAAGAAAGUGUCUCCAUCUCUCCAGAGGCCUGGCCGGUUUGGUGAUAGCUCAAAGGAACAUUGAAUUCUUCCUGACGAUCUGUCGGGUGAGAAGUGCAGAAAAAACCCUGUUUGAUUCAUUGAAAUACAAUGUGUUUGAGAAUGAACAUUGUUGCCCUGGUUUUCUCUGUCCUCGAGGGCACAACAAUGUAGGUAGCUCUAUUUCAAAAGAUAGCAUUCAGUCACCAUCAGCAGAGAUACUUGCUUUUCUCAACCUGUAUCUGACUGAAAUAUAGUAUUAUUGAUGUUUUCAGUUCCUCGGGAGCAGUGUGGUUUGACCUAUACGAGACAAGCAGUCUGUUGUUGUGGUUAAUUGUGUGGCUGAUUGUUGGGGCACCUCACAGAGCUAGCUUAGCUCCCAAUUUGGCACUGCAGUGUACAGUCGCUGAUGAGCUAAUUAAGUUGCCUCUUAUUUGGUUAUUUGGAUAGCUGCCAUUGCUGAAUACUCUUGCUGGUAAAGGACAUAGUGUUGCAGGUCUGCUUUGGCAACAUCUUGGUAUAGGUUUUUGUGGUUUAUUGAUCCGAGAAUCUUUGGUCUCAGGAGGCUCGGAGCACUGUGAUAGAAAAUAGCUAGCCUAGCAGGGUUUGCUUUGUUCUUGUUUUGCUUAGAUGGGACUGAGCUCCUGUACAGCUUUGUAGCAGCAAAGCCUCUACACUGUAUGGAUAUAAGACAACGCAACGCGUACGUUCUUUCUAAGUAGCACAUGGUGCUAAAGUCAACAGUGGAACUUUCUGUUGCUCUAAACUCAUCUCUAUGUGCAUUGUGAUAUAGUGUCUAAAUCGCUAGCUCUGUUAGCGCCCUGAGCUCUGUCCAAACGUCUGUGGAUUGCAUGCAAGCCCUCGUCACAAUUCAUCUCUAUCUCACUUAGCAGCUAAAUCCCUUUCUUUGCAUGUGUUGUGAUGCAGUGGAGCACAUAAGAGUCCUUUCUUUAAGGUUUGUCCUCAGACAACAACUUCUGUCUGAUUGCACUGAAGUAAAUGUGGGCAGUUAGCGUGUGCACUUGUGUCCAGCAUUGCAGUUGAGAACAAAUCAGAGUGUGUGUGUGUGUGUGUGUGUGUGUGGGGACUAGUUUGUCUGUAGCAGUGCAGCCAGGGUCACAGAGGAGCCAUUGAUCAAACGUGCACAUACACACAUGCUCACACAUAUACACACAGCUUCUCAGUACACAAUGAGGCCUGUCUGGAGCUCUGUCCUCUGCCGCCUCCUCCCUGCCCCUUUCUCUCUGGCCCUACGCAGCCUGGUCCUGGUCCUGCUCUGCAUCACUCCUCGUUGUCAGGCGGUGCAGGCGGAGAAUGUGACUGUCUUGGAGGGAGGUACAGCCGAAAUCUCCUGCCGCCUGCAGAACUACGAUGGAUCAAUCGUGGUUAUCCAGAAUCCCCGCCGGCAGACCCUCUUCUUUAACGGCACACGAGCCCUGAAGGACGACCGUUUCCAGAUGGUGCUCUUCUCGACACGGCUGGUGCGCAUCACCUUGACCAACGUCAGCGUGUUGGAUGAGGGCGGCUACUUCUGCCAGCUCUACACGGACGCCACGCAUCACCAGGUGGCCACGCUCUCUGUUUCAGUGCCCCCGGAGACGCCCACGGUGGAGGUGAAGCAGGAGGCCGUGGAGGGCGGCGAGGUGGAGCUCACCUGUAUGUCGCCGCGCAGCAAGCCGGCCGCCACCCUGCGCUGGAUUCGUAACGGCCGCGAGAUAGCAGGUGUGGAAUCUCAGCAGGUCAACGCGAAGACCUUCAGCGUGUCCAACACCAUCCGGCUCCCGGUAGAGAGGAAAGACAACGGGGCGGCGCUGAGCUGCGAGGCGUUCCACCCAGCACUCGGCGGGCAGAAGAGGAUUCGACAUUACCGCCUGGAUGUGAAUUUUGCACCAACAGUCAGAAUUGUUCCUCCCUCUGGCAUUUUGCGAGAGGGCGACUCGCUCAGCCUCACCUGCUCAGUCUCUGGGAACCCUCUGCCCAGGAACAUUCAGUGGUCCAAGAUUAAUGAGUCCUUACCCGAGAGGGCAGAGAUUUCUGGCCCCACCUUUCAGAUUUCCCGUCUCAGCCAAUCACACAACGGGACGUACUUGUGCCAGGCCCAGAACAACUAUGGACGCGCUGCCGAUCAUUACACCCUAUUGGUCUAUGAUAAUGUGUCAGUCACUACCACGGUCCCUCCCACUCCCACCACCCAACCAAUCACCUCCCAUCCUGCCACCCCAACCCUCCUAACACCCAUCUUCGCUCCGGACCCACCAGAUCCCGGUGCAGUGGUGGAGACUCACAGUGCAGUACCAUAUGCAGUGAUAGGUGGCGUUCUGGCACUGCUGGUUUUCACCGUCAUCUGUGUCCUCAUCGUCACCAUCUGGUGCUCUGUUCGACAGAAAGGUUCCUAUCUUACCCAUGAGGCCAGUGGGUUGGAUGAACAUGGUGAGGUGCAGGAGGCUUUCCUCAAUGGGAACGACGCCAGCCAGGGCAAGAAGGAGUACCUACUGUAGCCCCUCCCUAUCCCCUCCUCUUCUGACCUCAUCCCCCCAUCCCUCCCUCUCCCUGUCUCUCACCUUAUAUACAGUAUACACACACAACACACUUCUAUACAAAGCGCCAUAACAGGCGGCCUUCUGAAAACGACUGUAUACAGAUACUGCACAUAGCCGAUCCAUCCCGCUCCAUCCCACUUCAUGUCCUCCAUGCACACACACACUCACACACACACACACACCAGUGACAGACUGAGAAAAAGAGAGCCUAUAGACCCACCAGCUAUUAACGACUGUGCCAUAUACUGUAAGUCGGAGAAACUGGGGAAAAUGGAGAGCAAGAGAGUCGGGGAGAGGGUGAAUGUAGACAAUAACGAAAUGAUGCCAAAUUAUUUUUGAUCGAGAGGGAAGCGGGGAGCACAACGAAAAUCGGCACUCUGCCCGUGCAGCCGCCAAAGUGGAAGGGGAAUUAGGGGCAGAUGACUGCUAUAGUUCCAUGCCUUCAGAAAACCAUCUAUUUUACAAAGCUCAAUCUAUAACUGAUGGAGACAGUGGGAGCAGCUUGUGAGGAGGGGGAGGAGGGGUGAGCAGGAGCUAUUGAGAGCUAGAAGAUUGAAAUUUUGAAAAUUGCCAGAGCAUUUUUGCUGUAGAGCAACUCAUUUAUAAUUCUCUAACAACACUGGAGUGUCUCAGCCCAGAGUCCCGGGCGGUAUCCAGACUUUAUGGACAAGCUAACUGUCCUGUUUUGCUAUCCCAGCAAGGUGGCCUUCCAAUAAGUUGUGAUUCCAAUGAUUUUAUAUCCUCUCGCUGCAACAGUGAGGAGAAUGGUUGUCUUUUCUUUUAAUUAACUCUCCAUCUCCUCCUUCCUCUCCGUUCACCUGUUACCAUCCUCUCCUUUAUAUCUCUCUUUCUCUCUAUCUGUCCCCCUCUAUCGCUCCUCCUUUGUUGGCUCCUAUUAAUGAAAGGAUUAGUGUUGGGCUGCGUUCCUGACAAAGAAGAAAGGAAUAUGACUUGCUAAAGCAUUAAAGAAGAGCUUAAUUAUUUUAGAAUGUUAUUAAGAGGAUAAAAAGGUUUAAAAGUCUUCAUAAGAAGGGCAAGGGGAGUGAAUGAAUGAGGAAAUAAAAUGGGUGGGUAUUUUUUUCUGAAUGCUACCACACAUGCAGAUACAUGCACACAUCCAUACGUACAGUAAACACGUUGACAGAACACGUAUACAUAUCUCUGAACUACUUAUUUGUAUAAAAAAAGAACAGAAACAUAAAUUAAAUGACUCUUUUAAGAAAAAAAAAAAUGUUUACUAUUGAAACGCAUUAUGAAGCGAAUAUACUAACACAGAAUAUUAGCCUAUAGAGGUGCAAAGCCGAACAAACCACUGUCCAGUGAUCUUUAAAGAAAAUAAAGAAAAGAAUAAAAAAAAAUGUCAUUUGUCUUUAUGAGAAACAAGAGGUCUUAUGAAUUUUUUAUUAAUUAUUAUUAUUAUUUGAACAAUUAUGAUUGUUGUUAAUGUUGUUAUUAUUAUUACUGCCGUUGUUAUUAUUAUACUUGUAAAUGUUAAAGAAAUGUACACUUCCCAUGGUUUGUUUUUGGUUCUACUGUAGAGAAAUUGCUGUCUUUUUUCACUCUUACCUUUCCUCUCUCUCCUAGUCUUUCUCUCUCUUCGUCUUCUGUGCCUAGUCGUCUUUUCUCCUGUCUUUCACUCUUGUUUAUUUUAGAGUCCAUGUGUAAUUGUUGAUAUAUAGCUAACUAUUCUUUAUAGGGGAAAGAUACAAAGCACGACAAAAUUAAAAAGAAUUCAAAAAUAA